AGUGGAAUUCAGCCUGCUCGUUCUUAGAUGUGCAAAGGAAGGUCAUUCCUGCCUUGUUCUUAAAGGAAACCGAUUUCAGUAGCAUGUGGAUGACGAGCAGCUGUCUCACAUAAACACAAAUUGAAUUUGAUUCUCUGAUCAGUGCUCAGGAACUGGUUGAAACUUCUGCUGAAUCAUAACCAGUUGGCGCUGAGCUAUGACAAGAGAGGAAACCAAAAGUUAAAGGAGUAAGCCUGCCCUAAGUGAGCCAGACUUGCUGGCAGGCUCGCCCGGAAGACCUGACGGGAAUGGCAGCAGCGUGGACGCAGUGAAGGAAGAAAAGGCAAGAAACAGGAGGCUCAACCCGGCAGUCCCAUUCCCGGCUCCCCUGCUGCAGUGGCUUGGCCCGAAGAACUAAACUGGCAGCUUCACAUUUCCUGGCUGGUUCUCCUGUCCAUGCGCGUGAGGGCACACUUCUUUGAUAACAUGCUUUUGCGAAGUUCAGGAAAAUUAAGUGUGGGCACCAGGAAAGAGGAUGGAGAGAGCACAGCUCCCACCCUGCGUCCAAAGAUCUUGCGUUGUAAGUGCCACCACCACUGCCCAGAAGACUCAGUCAACAAUAUCUGCAGUACAGACGGAUACUGUUUCACGAUGAUAGAAGAAGAUGAUUCUGGGAUGCCCGUGGUCACUUCUGGAUGCUUAGGACUAGAAGGCUCAGAUUUUCAGUGUCGGGACACCCCCAUUCUUCAUCAGAGAAGAUCGAUCGAAUGCUGCACAGAACGAAAUGAAUGUAAUAAAGAUCUACACCCUACACUCCCUCCACUGAAAAACAGAGACUUUGUUGAUGGACCGAUACACCACAAGGCCUUACUGAUAUCUGUGACUGUCUGCAGUUUGCUCCUGGUCUUUAUCAUUUUAUUCUGUUACUUCAGGUAUAAGAGACAAGAAACCAGACCUCGGUACAGCAUUGGUUUAGAACAGGAUGAGACUUACAUUCCUCCUGGAGAAUCCUUGAGAGACUUGAUCGAACAGUCUCAAAGCUCAGGAAGUGGAUCGGGCCUCCCUCUGCUGGUCCAAAGGACUAUAGCUAAGCAGAUUCAGAUGGUGAAACAGAUUGGCAAAGGUCGCUAUGGGGAAGUUUGGAUGGGAAAGUGGCGUGGCGAAAAGGUAGCUGUGAAAGUGUUCUUCACCACAGAGGAAGCCAGCUGGUUCCGAGAGACAGAAAUAUACCAGACAGUGCUGAUGAGGCAUGAAAAUAUUUUGGGGUUCAUUGCUGCAGAUAUCAAAGGAACAGGUUCUUGGACUCAGCUAUACCUAAUCACAGACUAUCAUGAAAAUGGGUCCCUCUACGAUUAUCUGAAGUCUACCACCCUAGAUACCAAAGCAAUGCUGAAACUAGCCUAUUCUUCUGUCAGUGGCUUGUGUCACUUACACACCGAAAUCUUCAGCACACAAGGCAAGCCGGCGAUUGCCCACCGAGACCUGAAAAGCAAGAACAUCCUGGUGAAGAAGAAUGGAACUUGCUGUAUCGCUGACCUCGGCCUGGCUGUAAAAUUUAUUAGUGACACGAAUGAAGUGGACAUACCCCCCAACACGAGAGUCGGCACCAAACGCUACAUGCCUCCUGAAGUGUUGGAUGAGAGCUUGAAUCGAAAUCACUUUCAGUCCUAUAUCAUGGCCGACAUGUACAGCUUCGGACUCAUCCUCUGGGAGGUUGCUAGGAGAUGUGUGUCAGGAGGUAUAGUCGAGGAAUACCAGCUUCCCUACCAUGAUCUGGUGCCCAGUGACCCCUCCUAUGAGGACAUGAGGGAGAUUGUGUGUAUCAAGAAGCUGCGCCCCUCCUUCCCCAACAGGUGGAGCAGCGACGAGGUAAGGCUUGAGUGUCUGCGGCAGAUGGGGAAGCUCAUGACGGAGUGCUGGGCUCACAACCCCGCGUCGCGGCUGACAGCCCUGCGUGUGAAGAAGACCCUGGCCAAAAUGUCAGAGUCCCAGGACAUCAAACUCUGAGCUGAAGGGCAAAGAAAAAGGCCAAGAAGUCCAAUCCAUAUUUCUUCUGUCUGCGGCGGGCAGAGCAGCUGGUGGCAGACAAUGUCAAAGAAGCAUCCACAGAACACGCCUAGAACAGCACGCUGCUCCCCGGUGGGUUCAGCCCUCCCCUCUCGGGAGAACCCUGGACAGACCACACAGCUUUAUUCGCAUCUGGUUCUUGGAGGGAGAAACCGCGUGGGUGACUUGUUCAGGAUAUUAAUGCACCUUGCUUUCUAAGAAAGCUCUGGAGUUUUGGAUCGCCUUUUUUUUUUUUUAAAGAUGCUUUGAGUUUGCCAAAAUUAAGCAAAUGUAGACAUUUUAAGGUUGAUACUGUUCUAGUGAAUAUCACAACAAUGAAAGUUCACUCCAGAAUCUCUGCUGGAAAGUAAAUUCCAGUGCAAUGUUUCUGAUUUUCCCCCUGGGUGAAAUGGUACUGCAGUCUGCAAACCUGGAGGCAGUUUGUGGCGAAGGAGAGCGGAGCCUGGAGCUCCUCCCGAAGCCCACUCUCCUCCCUUUGCAGCUCCAGACAAGGUGGAGCAAAUGAAGGUUUGAUUGACUUUAAUGGGAGAAGUCAAGGUGGAUGCUGUUCUUCUAAACCACUUCCUGGUUUUUUUUCUGUUAGGUAUUUCUUUCAUGGUAAAAACCAGCAACUUUUUAUUAAACACAAAGAACGUUUCCAGUCCCCCCCCCCCUACCGUUUUCUAUGUGCAAAGAAUUGACCCAUGGAUGCUGUGUUUAAGACAAGGUGUUUUAAAAACAGCUCAUGUGCGCUGGUGUAAGAAAACCUGUGUGUCUUCAGGAGCGGAGGGCCAGGUGGGGAGUGUAAGAGCUGAUUUCUUCUCCCAGGUGGGGAAGCGCCCCCAUUUCAGCAGCACCAGGGGGAAGGAGCCACACCUUCUCAUCCUUAACUAAAAGCUGUCUGGCGUCAUUUCCUGUCUCUUGUGGGUGGGAGAGAAGGAAGGAGAGGGGCCUGCCUCGGUUGGGUUAGUUUAACCAGGUUGUAAUUUAAACAGAAGUCCAGCCUCUUGAAGGCAGCGCAGAAGCAAGGUUGUGGGAGCCACACUCACGCUGUGACUGCUGCAGCGGUCUCUUCUCACGUACUUACGUCCUAAAGGGAGCAUCUCAUACCCUAGGAAGGCUGACUCCGUGGACUUUUUAGUUCCUUUUCAUGCCCAACUCAUUGUUCAAUGUAGUUUGGGCCUUCUCUGUGGACCUCUUCAACUUCCUCACGGCAUGGCAAGGUAAGCGUAAACUCUGUGUUGGGGCCAAUACUCCUUAGCACCAGGAACAUGGUAACAUGGUACACCCCUCUCUCCACUUCUUUCGUUUCCAUUUCUGUACUGUGGGGUUUUUUUGUUGUUUUUAUAAAUACUCCCGAAUUUGAGAAGACGUCCCUCUUGGCCUUUAAAAAACUUGCCAUUCCUUAGAGAGCACGCCAGGGGGCAGUGUUUCAUAACACAUUUUGCUCACUAGUCAGUGACUGAAAGAUGGAGGCUCAUUGAAAACCUGACAGCUGCAUGACAAUUGAGGAAAUACUUUCCUCCUUCUGAAGUCGGCCUGCAGCUGGCAACCUGUGUCCAGCAAACAUCCCAGUGCAGGGAGACACUGAGAGCACUUGCAGGUUGGGAGAACCCCACGCGCCCUCCAUUUGACGUUCUUUUCCCAGGGCCUAAUUAAUUUGGUAGCUAACAACAAAUAAUUGAUUAAGCCUUGAAUAUAGAGGGGGAAAAAAAAUUUUUUUUUUCAGUUAUUUUUUUAGGAUCAAAGACAGUUGGUUCCAAAUAUAAUUGCAAGGAGACUAUUAUAUUUACUAGUAUUAAAAUAAGCUCACUAGCAUUUUGAAAGGUCCUUUUUCUUUGGGUCAGUGGAGGAGGGUCUGUGGUUCGAAUGCAGCGUCACAAUGGUGUGAGCUUGGCACACAAGCGCAAGUGCCUUUAAGACGGUUCGUCAACCAACAAUUUAGCAAACCUGGAUACCAGAGAGGUCUGGUCAGGUUUGUCCUUGAGUUUCCCCCAAAUUAAGUGAGGCUGGGCUUCCCGUGGGGGCAGGGUACUUGGUUUUUAUUUUGGUUAAGUUACAUGAGUGAUUAAAAUCAGAAUAUCUUGUAGGGAGGUGAGGAUCUGAGAGCAAAUGGUGUUGGUCCCAGCAAGGGAUGGUAAUGAGAGUAGUGGGCAGGUUGUCUUCUGUGGAAUUUGUUGAUUGCUUUGAAAAGUCAGGAACUGCUCUCUAAUUCCAAACUUCACCUACUAAAUGUGAACAUUCAAAAUUAUUCCCAAAAUACUUUAACAAGCGCCACUUACCUAUUUUUCACUAUAUUUUAAUAAGAUUAACAUUUAUUUAAGAAUAGAUUUUUCUGUUUUUUUCCAAAUUCACUUUACUUAUGGAGUACUAAAUUGUUAUUAAAGACUACCUACUCAUUUCUGAUUUUGAAAAAACAAUUUCUAGCUGCCCAGAAGUAAAUUUUAUCAUUUUUUUUUCAUUAGUUUCAAUUCUCAGUGGAAUAAGUGGGAAUUUGGAUUUUAAUAAUUUAGUUGAUUGCUUAUGGUUGGAACUAUUUCUAAAUAUUAGUUGUUAGAUAAUAUAAGUAUUGUAUGCUAAGAUGUUCAGGUUUAUAGUUUAUGUACGUCUGUAUAUAUGAUAAAUAUAUGUGUGUAUAUAUAAAUAUUAUGUUCAGUUUGGAGUCUGGCACAACUCCAUUAUGUGGAGAGAGUGAAAUAUAAUGGGUGGUAAAGUACUAAAUGAAACAUAAUAUUUAUUUAUGAGAAUUGGUAGAGUGUUAAGUCACACGGGACAGUGCUACGAUUAUCAUGUGCGAGGAGACUGUGUGGAAAGCAUUGCUCAAAAGCCACUUGUGGCCAUUCUUCUAAUUCCCCCAAGAUAGAAGCGUCUUAAAAACAAAAGAAGGCAAGAUUUUAUUUCCAGGGAAUCCUUUGACACACUUCCACUGGUGUACAUUCAAGGUUAGACCAUCCUUCGUAAUGGCUGAACUCGGAGUUCCUAGAGUCGUGCAUGUUCCUUAGAAGUUCGGGUGCCUUGUGUUAUAGGUCUCUCCUUUGUGGGGAGGGGGAAAGGCUGUCAAAGAAGCCCGGUUUUCAAAAUCCUGAGUAUGUUUAGCCAUGAGAACUCAGAUAAAUAAAACAAAGCAAACCUCCCUGUUAAAGCUGCGGGAACGAAGGAUCUGGUAUCAAAAAUGAUGUAGUUUCACAAUUAUGCUUUCUCCUGCCAACAACACAAAACAGAAAAAAAACAAUGCCGUAUCUUUGGGAGAAAAGUUGACUGUAGAUAAGGGCUUUUGUUACCUUGUUUGUUUAAAAAAAAGACUCAUUUAUGUUCUUUUGGGGGAACCAGUGCCUUAUUGAAUUUGUAUAUACUGUAAUUAUUCAGGACUAGGGAACAAAAAAUUGUAUUUGUUACAAAUUGUAUAUGGCUUUUGUUUUAACAUUCCCCGAAAUAAAGUGGUUCAUUCUCCCCUUGGAGGGUAAAAAAAGUCUA